AUGGGGAAGUCUUUUGCCAACUUCAUGUGCAAAAAGGAUUUUCAUCCAGCGUCGAAGUCCAAUAUUAAAAAGGUAUGGAUAGCAGAGCAGAAACUAACUUUCGAGAAGAGAAAGCAGGAGGACCUGAUGCAGGCCUACCUGAAGGAACAGGACACCUACAACAACAGGGUGUUGAUGGGGGAUGAUCGUGUUAAAAAUGGCCUCAAUUUCAUGUAUGAAGCUCCGCCAGGAGCAUCAAAAGAGGAAAAGGCAGAGGAGGGAGAAGAGGAGUACAAAUUUGAAUGGCAGAAGGGCGCUCCAAGAGAAAAAUAUGCUAAAGAUGACAUGAAUAUCAGAGAUCAGCCUUUUGGAAUUCAGGUGCGAAAUGUGCGCUGCAUCAAAUGCCACAAAUGGGGUCAUGUGAACACGGACAGAGAAUGCCCUCUAUUUGGACUGUCGGGCAUCAACGCCAGUGCUGUGGUUUCAGAGGAAACAGGAGGUCCCUCCAUGCACCCCUCUGAGCUAAUGGCCGAAAUGCGUAACAGUGGCUUUGCCCUGAAGAAAUGUGUCCUUGAUCGCAGCGCCACCAUUUGUGAUACAGCGCAGGAAUUUGUUGCAAGUGACCAAGAGGAAGAUCCAGAGGUGGAGUUUUUGAAAUCUUUAACAACGAAGCAGAAACAGAAGCUCCUCAGAAAACUGGAUCGUCUGGAAAAGCAGAACUCUAAGAAGAAGAAGAGCAAAAAGGAAAAGAAAAAGAGCAAAAGAAAGCACAAGAAAAAGCGGGAGAGCAGCGACAGUUCAAGCAGCGGCAGCAGCGACGACGACUCUACCAGCAGCUCCAGCGACUCCGACGACAACUUGAAGAGACAGAAGAGCAAGAAGAAGAAGAAGAAGGCAUCCUGCCGGGAUAACAGCCCGGAGGAGGAGAGGACCAAGAAGAAGGAGAACCCGGAGGGAGGUCGAGAGAGGCGACCAGAGCGAAGCCGCAGCGGCGAGAGAGCCAGACAACGCCAUCACAGAGAAGACGCUGAGAGGAAGAGGAAGGAACGAAGUCGAAGCAGAAGUCGUGUUGGAAGCCGGAGAACACGCUGA